AUGGAGGCAAGAUGCUAUCGUCAUUUAGUUGCCGAUGAUGUUGAUGCCAACGUGGACUCAACCAAGUUUCAAAUAUUUCCAGUGGAGAAAAAAGAUGAUGUCUGGUCUGUGAUUCUCAAGGAUCAUAAUGGUCUUUGGGUUCAAAGUACACAAAACAAGCCUGUUUCUGAAAAGAAGGUGUCUCGUGAUGUAUUGAUUGUCGAUGUAAACCAGCCUGUUAUGGCAACAAACGGAACAGCAGAAGUGUUUUAUUUGGUACCAACUCGUAGAGUCAUUGGCGACUAUUGGUUGAAACGGGCUUCAGAUGGCUGCUUUUUCAGGCAAGUUGGACGGGUGGUUGGUGAAUCACACAGUCGUCGCAGAAACCUGAAGGACGCUUUCGCCUGUGACACAGACGUCUAUGAUGGACUUGGUAUCGGCAUUGAACUAGUAGCUCCUCCACACGACAACGUUUACAGUGCAUACUCGUUGAGUGUCACGGAUCUCUCGAUUCGAUGGAAGGAAGGAAUCUUGAAACAAUCUGAAGCUCCAGGUCUACUCUCGUCAACUGUACUCAACUAUGCAAAUUUAGUCCCUCGCGCACAAAUGGCGUCGUCCACUACUCGGACAGAUUCCAUUUCAUUCAAAAAGGACAGGACGUGGGGUGCCAAUAUUGAUGUUGGAAAUUCAUUUAAUUUUGGGCCAAAGGAUGCUGGCGGAUUAGGUAUAUCUCUCAACAUUGCUGGCAGUUUAACCAGAACGACAACCCGUGGUACUGAAACAAUGAAUAGUUCUACUCAGUCCAUCGACAUGUCGUCGUACCCACCUAGCAACUCGGCAAUGAGAAUACGUGCGCAGAUAUCUCAAAGCUCGUUGGCUGAUGUUCCCUUCUCUUAUAUCAAUCAUCGUACAUUCUUUGAUGGGACAGUGGCGUCGUGGAAUGUGACUGGAACAUUCAAUGUUGCAUGGUUUGAACAGUCGAAUGUCUGCUUUGGCCAACCUGUAGAAAUGAAGGAAGGAGAGCCCAUCGAGCUUGUAGACUGCCCACUAGACAUAAAUUAA